AUGGUUACCAUAUUAUUAAGAGCGUCAACGAUUUUCUUCGCUUUUUACGCGUGGUUUAAGUAUAAAUUUUCUUAUUGGGCAAGAAGAGGUGUAAAAGGACCAAGGCCCACUUUUCCAUUCGGGAAUAUGCGCGAUGUUAUAUUUCGAAGGAAGCAAUUAUUUCAACCCUACUGUGACAGCUAUAACACAUACAAACACCUACCUUACGUUGGACUAUACUCUUUCAGUAUACCAGUGUUGUGCAUCAAUGAUCCUGAUUUAGCAAAACAUAUCCUAAUUAAGGAUUUCGACUAUUUUCAAUCUCAUGGAAUAUUUACAAGCUCAGUUGGAGAUCCUUUUGGAGGCCAUAUUUUUAAUAUACACGGCGACAAGUGGAAAUCCCAUCGAGCGAAACUAUCGCCAGCUUUCACAUUGGGAAAACUGAAGUCGUUUUUCCCGUUUGUAGAUAAAAUAUCUAAUGAAGGAUUGCAGUAUGCCGAUAUGAUGCAUGAGAAAGGGGAAGCAAUCAACUUUUCAGAUUUCUACUUAACAUAUGCGAUGGAAAAUAUUAGCAGCAUUGGUUUUGGUGUUAAUAACAACGGUUUUAAAUCAAACACGGAAUUUCAUAAGCGCGGUCGUCAGUUCUUUGAAUAUACUUCUAUUUAUUGGUAAGUGAAAUGAUUUAUUAUUGUAAUGUGACUUUUAUGUCAUACAAAAAGUUCCCUUGGCAGUUGCGGGUUACUCGAUUCUGAGGAAGUUGAAUGGAUCUGGUAAUCGCUGUGCCUUCUUAAGUCUCAUGUUAUUUUGACACGUGUAUAUCCU